GAGGAGUGGGUGUUGGUAGCACGGAUAGUCUCGCCCCCGAAUCUUUGCAUUCAGAGUUCGCCAGGGGCAGAAGAGAUCGGAGAUGCACCCAUGCUCCUGUUUGAUUACAGCUUUUUCUGUACUUACAGGCUACUUUGCUGCCUUCAUACCAAGAAAUCCAUCUGUUUAAAUUCAAAUGGAAAAAUACGAGAUCCUUGGGCUUGUGGGAGAAGGAAGCUAUGGAAUGGUGUUGAAGUGCAGGAACAAGGAGAAUGGUAGGGUCGUUGCCAUCAAGAAAUUUUUGGAAAGCGAGGAUGACAAAAUGGUUAAAAAAAUUGCCAUGAGAGAAAUCAAGCUUCUCAAGCAAUUAAGACAUGAGAACUUGGUGAACCUGCUGGAAGUCUGUAAGAAGAAGAAACGAUGGUAUCUAGUGUUUGAAUUCGUGGACCACACAGUCCUUGAUGAUCUUGAGAUGUUUCCAAAUGGCCUGGAUUAUAAUAGAGUUCGAAAAUAUUUAUUUCAGAUAAUAAAAGGGAUAGGAUUUUGUCACAGUCAUAAUAUCAUACACCGAGAUAUUAAACCUGAGAAUAUAUUGGUCUCCUAUUCGGGAAUUAUAAAACUCUGUGACUUUGGGUUUGCUCGAACACUGGCAGCCCCUGGCGAAGCUUACACAGAUUAUGUGGCAACACGGUGGUAUCGAGCUCCUGAGCUGCUGGUUGGAGAUAUCAAAUAUGGCAAGGCUGUUGAUGUGUGGGCCAUUGGCUGCCUGGUAACAGAAAUGCUUACAGGGGAGCCCCUUUUCCCUGGAGAUUCUGAUAUUGACCAGUUGUACCAUAUUAUGAAAUGCCUGGGAAACUUAAUUCCAAAGCACCAAGAGUUGUUCUACAAAAAUCCCCUCUUUGCUGGAGUGAGGUUGCCUGAAGUCAAAGAGCUUGAACCUCUUGAAAAACGAUAUCCUAAACUCUCUGUUGUAGUCAUAGAAUUUGCUAAGCAAUGUCUACAGACUGAUCCAGAAAAAAGGCCGUCCUGUGCUGAGCUGCUGCAGUGCAAUCUAUUUAACAAAGAUUGUUUUGCUGAAAGGUUUGCUCAGGAACUUAAAGCAAAGAUUCAGAAAGAAAGAGACCAUCCUUUGCCCAAGAAAUCAAAAAUAAGCAGGAAAGAAAAAGAUGAUUCUGGUCAUGAAAGAAAAAUGCUUGUAAUCCAGGACUUCAGCGUGGAUUCAAAGAUCAAAGACUCCAAGCUGUUCAGAAUUAAAUUGUCCACAGUUGACAAAGAGAAAUCGGACAGAUCUUCAAAUACGAGUUUCCUAUAUGAGAAUGGAGCUGGACAGGUCAAAGCUAUUCCUCCCAAAACUUUGAAAGAUUCAAGUAGCAAUCUGGAUUAUGUAAAAACUCCCAGCAUGGUGAUUCCUCCCAUUACACAAAAUUAUUCUACCAUAUUAUCCAGCAUCAGUGGAAACCCUGGCAUUGGGUCAAAAGUGGGAACCCAUAAUUACAGGAUUGAUGAGAAGACUAAAAAAUAUUUCAACCCUUUCAUAAAGCAAGGCAAAAAAUCGCCAGUAAGGCACUAUAGUGUAAACUUGACAGCAUCGGCUUACACUCUAAAAGGCAAAACGCUAAAGAAAGAGGAGGGGGAGGAAAAGAAACAAAUUCAGGUCUCAAGUGAAAACAGCAUGCUUCAAACAAACAAGAAAAGAUGGGAGUUCUCCAGAACAGAUGUACAUUUGCCAGAGCUUAACUAUAGCCAUCUCCCUGAACUCAAAGGUGUGGACGCUCGGAAUUCCAGAUUUCUGAAGAAAGAAAACAAAAUUGUUUCAGAGUCUCGCAUGCCAUCACUUGCCACAAUAGAUCUUCAGAACUCAAGCCUAGCCAUGCACCAGAUGUGGAGUUGUGAAGAUGACAUGACCCCUGCUCAGUCAAUUAAGCUAAAUGUGAAGAAGAAUACAGAACUGCAAUCAAAACCAGCAGCUGAGGGUUGAGUCCCCUUCCUCUUGCCCCCAUCAACAGCCAAUACUAUGGACUGGGGUGAGAAUAUAACGUCAUGCUGACUAUUGAAUUGCAUCAUGAGGAAAUUAGACAUGGUUGAAAGAAGAGCAGGACUCAAGUAUGACAAAGAUUCAGGCCAAUGUUUUAGGAACAGAAGUAGUAGGGGGAAUUGCUGCCUUGCAUCACUAAAUAUCCAAAGCUGGUGGAGGGCAAGAACAAGCAGGGAGAGACGCCUGUGGGAACUAGAAUGAAGCUUAAACCAGAAAUGUGUGCAUUUGUUAAUGUUAAAAAACGUUUGGGAUGGGUGGAGAGCUGGUGUAGUGUGGCUAUGGGACCAACCUACAUCUCACAAAGUCUCCAUUUCAAAUCCUACCUCUGCCGUGAAUUCACUAGAGACAAGCCACUCAGUCCCCAUCUGUAAUACGGGGAUAAUACUGACCUACCUUGCAAGGUUGUUAGAAGGAUUGCAACAAGAUAAUUGUGAAGUGCUAAGAACAUUCAAAAGCUCAAUAUAGAUACAAAUUCUAAGUACUAGUAUGAUGUUUAUCAGACACACUUUCUAUUAGGAAGUUUUUACUGCUCUGAUUUCAAGCUGUGCUCAGUGUCAUCUUUAGAAGUGUAUUGUUGUAAACCCACCUUUAAAACGAAACACCAAUUUUGGGGCUAGGAUAGAAAAUCAUUCCUGUUAUCCUCAGUCCUGUCCCCUUUAUCUGACAUGAGCUGUUGCCUUUUACUUUGGAAAGCAUUUCUUGCUGAUCUAUUAAAUUUAGUGUAUAUUUUUUAAUGUAAUAUACUAUCAGAGGAAUCUUUUAUACUGGAUUGUUUUUUAAUUCACUGAUGGCAACAUGCUUUUUACAUGUGAUGCUUGUUUUGAUGCUGCUGUUGCAGCUUAUGGCUAAUAAACAAUACUAUGUGUGCCAGAAAUACUCUGCCUUCCUUAUGGAGAGUGGAAGGAACUGCCUUUGCCUGGAGAAACGUCAAGUCAAGAUUUAUGGUGAAACCAGUGUAUGUAGAAUAUAAAAUGUUUAACUCCUUUGUGGAUUGUAAGAUGUGUUUAUUUUACAUCUGAAACCUCUCCAGAGUGACAUGAAGUAGCAUAAUCUUUCUACAAAAAUAUACCUCUCCCCUUCAUAGUGUUACCACAAAAGUACUAUUCUGAUUCCAACACUUGUUUAAUAACCUGUAAUUUCUAAGCACUGUGGUUUGCAGUGUUCAAACAUGUACAUCUUAUUCUUGUAAAUA